UAACAAAAACUUUUCUAGGUAAUGCCGGAAGAAAAAUUUAAAAGAAAUGGUAAAAUUUACUUUGGUGUUGAUGACAUACCUGAGAGGAGUGAAAGUGCAGUUCGCACAUUAACAGAAGUUAUCAACUGUUACAAUGACAACUCACAUCAAGAUGACGCUUUCAAUCAAAAGAGAAAUGAAGCUGUUGACGAUCUGAGAGCAAUUUGCCAUAAUACAUUUGGCCCCAGUGCAAAUGUAUACAUUUUUGGAUCAUGCAUAAAUGGCUUUGGUACCAAAUCAUCUGACGUUGACUGCUUUGUCAUGUCAAAUUAUGACUUGAAGCGAAAAAAUACCUACUUUAACCCACUCCGCGAUUCUCUCAAAAGAAAUUCCUCACCCUUUACAAUGUUAAACUUUGUAAGGCGUGGUAAUCAUCCAAUUCUUACUGUUAAGCACAAGAAAAAUGCAAUGGAGUUGGAUGUAACUUUUUCCUCCAAUCACGAUCCCAAACAUGAUGUUUUGGAAAACUCUGCAUUAUUGAAUACAUAUGCCCAAAAGAAUAUAAAAGUUCCUGCAGUAGGACGUUUCAUCAAGUAUGUGCUUUCAAAGGAACCUUCAUUAGGUAGCGCCAAAAUAGGUGGGCUAUCUUCAUAUGGGCACAUACUCAUGUACAUUAACUUUCUCCUCCACGGAAAGCACAAAAUAGAUCAUGUUAUUGUUAAGCCUCCCUACAUUAAACAAGAAGAAUCCAUUGCAGCUUCAGAGGGUGAAAUUUUCCUUGAUUUCUUACGGUUCUAUGCUUGUGAGUUGGACAGUUCCAUGUAUGCUAUUGACAUAAGAGACUUUGACCUUAAAAAAGUUACUCAGAAAAUGGAUAGAUCUAUUUUCACGCUGGAAGACCCGAUCAUUGAAAAGAAUCUUGGAAGAACCAUGUCACCAAAAAGAGUUUAUGAGCUGAAGUUGUUUUAUUACCAUUUGCUUUGCAUAUUAUCAGAUCAUGAUAUGAGUGAUUCUCAAUUAAUGGAUUUCAUCAACGAGUUAGGGGACCUUGGACUUUCGCAAAAAUGGGCCCCCUCGCUUCAUCCAUUUUGUGAACCUGACAUUGAAAAACCUAAUUCUCGUCAAAAAAAGCGGGAUAACAAACCUAGAAGGAAAGGCUCAGAAUACAAUCCAGAGCCUAGCGAGAAUUCAAACCAACAAACAUCUGUUGGAAGCCCUUCUAAAACGGACGUACAAGCCAGCAACAAAAAGACUCCCACUAAAAAGAACAAGAGACAUAACGAAAAGAAAGAGACGAUAUCUGUGAAGGAGACCCUUAUAGUUCAUGAGGAAGGAGUUAUAAUCCAAAAUGACCCCUAUCUACUGGAGGACAUGAUGAAGGAGAUUGAGACUCCAGAAAAAGGCUCACCACAACCUCAGAACAAUCGCCAGAAACUCAUAGAUGUCAGAUUGGAGACAGCCAAGCUAACUAAAGCAAUGAUAGAGGAGAAUAAGAAGCUAGAGGUGAAGGAGGAGUGGGACGUUGUGUACUACAAGGCUACUGAUGUUAUGGGAGACUCCAGGUGUCUCGUUGCUGUUCCUCUCUUGGCUGCUCUCGGAUUUAAAGUUCCCUCUAUUCAAGUUGGUAACAACGUCUCUCUGGAGAAGCUGAAAUGCAUUCCUGGGUUUAACCCAGAGUUAUCACGCGAUCAGAUGAACUCUAUGAUGGAAGAUAUCGGCUGCUUUGUCGGGUACUCUCAGGAUCUCAACCUGGUAGAAAGUAAGAUGAACAUGAUCAUGAAGAGUGUCGGGACUUUGAGUAGCUCUCAGCUUGACCUUGCUCGUUACUUCAGCCUGAUGGCUGCAUGCGGUUCUGCCUACUACUUUGGAGAUAUGAAGUGUGUUGGGAGAGGCAUUGGUAAACGAGAAACUGUGUUCAAACAGGCUAACGAUAUAACUGCCCUCACCAAACAGUUGGGAAUUAAGUGUAGAGUACAAGUGAGUGACGCAACCGUUCCCUACAGUAAGAUGCUUGGAUACCCUCUCGAGAUACAAGAUGUUAUUGAAAUUCUCUCUGGUGAGGGUUCGUCUGAUGUAGUAGAUGUGCUUGCUCUGCAGUGUGCCCAUUUGCUGCAAAUGUCCAAGAAAGUAGAAUCUUUGAAGGAGGGAGAGAAAAUGGUGUUUGAUGUGCUAAGAAACGGGGGAGGACUAAAGAAGUUUCUAGAAAUGUUGGCAGUACAGGGCGUGUCACGUGAUGUGGUAGACAAGCUGAGGGAUAGGAAGUAUGGUGAGGUCUUCACACUUGCUGGUUAUCAGACUACCAUUGAGUCUAGAAUCCCUGGUUAGUGAACUUUAAUUGGACUUUAAUUGAACUUUAAUUGGAUUUUAAUUGAACUUUAAUUGAACUUUAAUUGAACUUUAAUUGAACUUUAAUUGGACUUUAAUAAUUGGACUUUAAUUGGACUUUAAUUGAACUUUGCUUUAAUUGGUUUGUUUUAGUUGAGUGAUUUUGGUUCAGACUUUCUGGACUGAAUUCACCAUUCAGCCUCAGUUAUGUGAUAUUACAGCAACAUAUCACAAAAUCAGUAUGUAAACGCAUCACAAUGUACUUUUAUAUUUAAUACUAGAAAGCAGGUGUAGUACUCUU